AUGCCGAUCGAUAUGUGGUCCCUCGGCUGUAUUCUAGCCGAGCUUCUCACUGGCUAUCCGCUCCUCCCUGGUGAGGACGAGAAUGAUCAGCUUGCCUUAAUUAUUGAGUUGCUAGGAAUGCCACCGAACAAGGUUUUAGAAAACGCCAAAAGGGCCCGCACGUUUAUUUCGUCCAAAGGAUAUCCUCGCUAUUGCACCGCAUCCGUCAUGCCGGAUGGCUCCGUGGUGUUAAGUGGAGCCCGAAGCAAACGAGGGAAAAUGCGUGGCCCACCAGGCAGUCGAAGUUGGAAUACAGCGCUCAAGAAUAUGGGCGACGAGCUCUUCAUCGACUUUAUGAAGCGAUGUCUUGACUGGGAUCCGGAAACGCGAAUGACCCCAGCUCAAGCACUGAAGCAUCAGUGGCUGCGUCGCCGUCUGCCAUGCCCUCCCCGUCGCGACGAUGCCGCUGCCGACGCAGAAGGCGUGUAG